CCACGCCUAGUGCCAUUAUCAUAACGAGGCUGAGGCUGGAGACCCCGGAUGUUGGAGGGGAGGGGAGAGAAAGAAAGAGAGGGAUGUGUAGGCGCGGGUCUGUGCCAUAAGGCAGCGUGUGUUGCCGGAGGAGGCAGGGUCGUGACAGCCUCCCAUGGAGAGCACUUGGGGAUCAAUACCCUCGCAGCUUGGACAGUGUCUGUACGUCUUCACAAAGGAGUGCAGUCCCUUCAUAGACUGUAUGGCCGGAAAGAAAACGCUCCCCCUGGACACCAUGGCGACCGAAGGAACGAAGGACAUCAUGACGGAGGCGCGCAACUUCACCAGCAGCCUGUCCAACGUCUUCCUGCUCAAGAAGCGAGACCAGCAGUCCAAGCACCUACUGGAGAAGGCCAAGACCAUCAUCGAGGGCUUGAUAGCCGAAAACCAGAAGAUCUCCUCGGGCUCCUCGACCCCCCGCCAGGCCCGCAGUACCGGGGGCAUGGGUCAGCUGUGGGUCAAGCUGGACGAGCUGAAGCGAGAGAACGACGACCUCAAGCGACAGCGAGGCCGGUCGCAAGAAGACAGAUGCUCGUCGCCAAAAGACAAAGGCCCAGGUGACGUCAUCAUCAGCGACCUGCAGAAGACCAAGACCGAGAACGAGGCGCUGAAGGCACAGGUGGCGCAGCUUCAGAAGACGGUGAGGGAGCUGCAGGCCGUGAACGCCACGCUGCAGGACGAGUACAAAAGGGCAAAGGUCGCACUGGAUGCUGCGCAGCGCUCUGUUGAGAAGGCUCGCCAAGACUACAAAAAAUUAGAGACGAGCUUCACUUCCGCCAAGACGGAAAACGACUCUCUGAAGCAGAACAGAAUGACUAGCAGCGUCAAACCGAUGGUCAGGGCCGACAACCGCCUAACGGAGAACAUCAGCGAGCGUUGCCGGCCCACCACCGUGGCGCUGCGCUACAACACCCUGGAAAGCCAGCAGUGGGUAGAUGCCAAGGAGGCCAUAGAGGAAGCCCCCGGCAUGGGUCUGGACGAGUGUAAAGUCGUGGGCCUGCUCUGCCAGGGACUGGUGAGCGCGUAUAAUGCUGCAGGACAACUGUACAACAAUGUUGAACUCGUGGUUGCGGAGCUUCUGAAACGACCGACGUUAGCUACGGCUAUCAUUGAAAAUCAUCUUGUGAGCACUGCUCAGCUUCCAGCCCUGUCAGACGAUGUUACAGACCUCGUUAAGCAGAAGCUGAGACAAAACGCAGAUGGCGUCGACACUGAUGUUCUUUGUCAGAUGGCUGCUGAUUGUCAAGACCCGACUGUCCGAAACGAACUACAGAAGUUAUCUAAUAAAGCGAUAGACGAAUACCUCAACGAGUGCGCCAGGGUCAGCUGGCAGAUGGUGGUACAGAGCCCGCCCAUGCGCCUCGUCGCAGACGACACUAAAUUCGAUGACGUGAAGCACAAGCUGUGGUGGUCAUGUGACCAGUCUCGUGCUCAGAACGUGGACAUGUUUGUGUGGCCGGUACUGUACGACUAUGAAAAUGGCAACGUCCUCGUGAAAGGCUGUGUGUACGCCAGUUAACUUUUCAAUACCUGUGUAUGUCAGUUAACUCAUCAACACCUGUGUACGUCACCUAACUCAUCAAUACCUGUGUUCAUCAACUAACUCAUUAAUACCCGUGUACAUCACGUAACUCAUCAAUGCCUGUGUACAUCACCUAACUCAUCAAUGCCUGUGUACAUCACCUAACUCAUCAACAUCACCUAACUCAUUGACAUUGUGUUUUCGACAAAAUCUCCCCACUCCUCUUCUCAUCGGAGCUCUGUUAUCGCGCUUUCUUGUCAUGUUUUCUUGUAGUGAGUGUAGUUGUUUCAUAUGUAUAACAAUUAUCUUCGCCAUUAAGUGUGAACUCGAUAUGUACAGUUACAAGCGCAAUAGUCCCUUACGCCUAUUAAUGUGUGUGCGUGUGUGUGUGCGCGCGCGCGUUCGUUUAUUUGAGAUGCCAACAAUGGCAGUGAGGUGUGAUACCGUGUGAUGAUGUGACACGUGUGAUGAUGUGAUGUGUUACGGGGAUGUUCGUGCAGGUCUGGAAGUGUAGCGAGAGGAGGGGGUGAUGCUCAGCAAGUGGGGGGAGAGGUAGACUAGAGAGUGCGCUGCUUUGUUGUAGCCCUAUAUUCAGCCAACAGCUUCAGGCUGCGGCUCUUCGUCGCUUGUGGGACAAAAGGACUUACAUAAUAUACUCUGUGGGCCAUUGUAAUGUUUGUGCACAAUCCUGCGAUUUGGAAGCUGCCUUGAAGACAGUGGUUUGUAUCCUGUGAUUUGAUGAGUUGGGUUUUUUUUUAAUUUAACAACGUUUUAAGACAAAUAUUUUCUUUGUACAGGCAUUACUAGAUUUGUAUAUGUAUGUUUCUUGUCAAGAACAUAAGCAUCAAAAUAGUCUGCGUGUAUGAUAUGCAGACAUGCCUGCGUUUAUCUGUACGUACGUCUGGUGAGCUUAAUAAGCAUUUUGCAAGCGACCUAAUGAGCAGUUAAAACAUGGCUUUUACCUGUUAGGUCCGUUUUAUGGCUGGACUUGUGUGGACAUGAGCAUUUGCAGGCUGGAUUGCUAUUUUUCAAGUGAAGUGCACGCCCUGGUAACAGCUUCUGGCUACAUAACUUUCAUCUCAUGUACAUUCUAUGUUUGUUUGCAUGUGUCCGUGUCUGUGUGUCUUUUAUUCUGUAAAGUACCGUGAGGAUUGGCGCUUUAUAGGAUUGUCCUGUAUAAUUCCGCUCUUUUAUUAUUAUUAUCAUAACAUGUCAGGUCAUUUGGGUGUUGCCUGUUGUUGUUGGCUUUGUUUUUAACACUCCUGUUAUCGGUUCCUUCGUCGCUCUGUAUGCCCAUUCACUUGCCCUGGCACUAGAUGUGGCCUGAUGGCGCAUGGCAUUGACAGUGAAGACUGCAAGCUUUGCAAGAGACUGAAGAUCGUGGGUUCAUACCCAACAUGCAUCAUGAGCUGACUCAAGAACUCGCUCGGAAGGUUUGGCGAUUUCUUAUUUUUAUAACAUAUGACAAUGUGCUUUUUUCUGCAGUUUAUUUGCAAAUUAAAGCAUUUUAUUACCCUUA